AUGCUCGAAUAUCGCCAGGGAACGAAGGAAAAGCUGACCGACCUUUUGCGCGACCUGGUGAUGAGCAAUGCCGAGCUGGCGCAGAGCUACAAAGUGAUUCAGGCGAAAGAAAUGGCGGUCAAGAACUCGAUGAGCGGCUUCUUCGAACUGCGGAAUAUCCUCGACGAUUCGAAAAUGUGUGUUGGCCAGUUGAUAACCAUGGAAAACGAGUUCCAUUCGAAAACGAGGCGCUACCACGAGUGCAGGGACGCCUAUCAUUCCUGCGAAUAUCAAGUCUUGGAAAAGAGCGCCAAGGAUCACGUGGCCCGCGUUUUGCGAAUCGAGUCGCAGCUCAACAAGGGACUCCAGCAAGUGACCAACUUCAUCGAGAAACUGUAUUCAUCCGGAGACCUCCCCGCGACGGAACAGGCCAAGAGGCAGUCGCUGAUGGGUCACGUGUCUUCUUCCUUCAGUAGAAUGUCUGUCUUCCAGCCUGCUAAUGGUCAGACUCAAACAGUAAUUCCUGCUAUUGAAAGAAAGAAGUCAGCAGAGCAAGAAACUUCGUAA